GUUAAACGGCUUUUUCCAGAAGUCGUUGGCUCGGCAUUUGGCGGCGGGAGCCGGCUGAGGAUGAACCCGUUAACGAAAGUGAAGUUGAUCAACGAGCUCAACGAGCGCGAGGUCCAGCUGGGGGUGGCGGAGAAGGUGUCCUGGCACUCCGAGUACAAGGACAGCGCCUGGAUCUUCUUGGGAGGACUUCCUUAUGAAUUGACAGAAGUGAAUGUUAUCUGUGUUUUCUCUCAAUAUGGUGAGAUUGUUAACAUAAAUCUGGUACGGGAUAAGACUGGGAAAUCCAAGGGAUUCGGUUUCCUUUGCUAUGAAGACCAGCGGAGCACAAUUCUGGCUGUUGACAAUUUUAAUGGCAUCAAGAUCAAAGGACAAACUAUUUGAGUGGAUCAUGUGUCUAACUAUCAGGCUCCUAAGGACUCAGAUAAAUUGGAUGAUGUGACCUGAUUGUUUCAAGAGAAGGACUAUUGGGCUCACACACCUUCAAACAGUUCACCUGAGGACUCUGAAGAUGACAAACUUACAAAAAAACAGAAAAAGGGCAAAAAGGGAAUUAAAAGAAAACGAAGAAAGACAAGCGAGACGUACAGCCAGAUCCACCUGUCUCCUCUUCAUCACCCAGAAGCAAGAUGCUAA